AUGCCGCCAGCCUAUACCACCCAGCAGAAAAAUGCGAUCGCGCAGUUCAUGAGCUUCACAAGCGUGGAUCGGACUGCGGCAGCGCGAGUGCUCAAGAGCCACAACUGGGAUGCGCAAGCAGCUAUCAACACCUUUCCGACCUCGCUACCGCGCCUCGGCGCGAAUCGUUCACAGCCGACCCAUAGGCAUCACAAUGGCCUAGUUGCGACCUCAGUGGAGAAGUGCUGGCAGCACAACUACACUGGGCCAUAG